AUGGCUGUCGUAGCGAUACGCUGGUGUCCAGCUGUCCUUUUCUCGGCGGUUUUUAUCCUGGUACUGUUGUCUAACAUUGUUAUCUGCUCGUCCACGGCACCCUGGCUGAGGUUCGAAUACAAGCUCAGCUUUAAAGGUCCACACUUAACCCAAAAGGAUAAGGGAAUCCCAUUCUGGGAACACGGAGGAGAUGCUAUAGCUGGAGAUGACAAUGUUCGAAUCACACCUUCCCUUAGAAGUAAGAAAGGUUGGGUAUGGAGUAAAAACUCUGUUCCACAUGACAACUGGGUGAUUGAAGUGGCCUUUAGAGUAACUGGUCGGGGCCGUGUAGGGGCUGAUGGCUUGGCCAUUUGGUACACACAACAGAAAGGUGUUGAGGGUCCAGUGUUUGGCAGCAAUGACAAAUGGAAUGGCCUGGGUAUCUUUUUUGAUUCCUUUGACAAUGAUGCUCAGCGUAACAAUCCCUACAUCCUAGUGAUGCUAAACAAUGGAACCAGAGAAUAUGAUCACAUGAAUGAUGGUCAUGACCAGCAGCUUGGUGGCUGUUUGCGGGAUUUCAGAAAUAAACCUUUUCCACUCCAUGCCAAAAUUGAAUACUACAAGAAUUCCCUCACUCUUUUUAUCCACAAUGGUAUGUCAAAUAGUCAAGAAUAUGAACUGUGUAUGCGAACGGAAGGUGUACAGCUUCCCAAGAAUGGCUUCUUUGGCAUCACUGCUGCAACUGGAGGAUUGGCAGAUGACCAUGAUGUCCUUGCUUUUAUGACUCAUUCCAUGCACGCCCCUGCUGACCAGUUGGCUGCUGAUUCUAAAGUAUCAGAUGACGAGAAAAAGAAACUAGAAGAAGAAUUUCAAGAAUAUUACAAAAAACUUGAACAGGCUAAAGAAGAUUACAAAAAAGAACAUCCAGAUAAAGCCAAGGAUGAAUAUGAUAUUGAUGUUGACAAAUGGUUUGAAAGCCAAGGAGAACGUGAACUGAAACAGAUCUUUGAAGGCCAAAAUAACAUGUUCCAUUCGUUACGUGAAUUGAACAAACGUUUGGAUGAAUUACAUGGACGACAGGAGUUGAUUUUGUCUAAACUCAGUUCUGGAUCUGGAGGAGUCCAGGUGGUUCAGGGUCAGGGCCAACCAGUUGCAAUUCCAGAUACAAUCAAAAGACAUGAAGUGGAUGUUGUCAUUAGCAAUCAGAAUGACAUUCGGGGCAAAAUGCAAGAUGUCAGAGAAUUGAUCAAUCAGAUAAAAGAGAAAGCCGAUCGCAUUGGAAGUGGUGGUGGUGGUGGUGUCAAUAUGGACCUGCAGAUGGCUAUUCAUGAAGUUAAAGAUCAUGUAAGGCAAGUCCGUGAGGACACAGCAAGUAUGUUAAAAGCACCACAGCAACCAUUUGGUUCCAGCUGUCCUCAUGUCAGCUGUAUAUCUCCAACAAUAUUCUUUAUAGGCCUAUCAGUGCAAAUAAUGGCUCUCUUUGUAUAUGCCUUAUACAAGCAAAACAAGGAAGCACAAGCCAAGAAAUUCUAUUAA